GAUAAUAAUAGAAAUUGACAAAUAUAAAUAAAACACGUGUAUAUGCUGUCUAUUUCCGGCAUGGAUUAUAAAUGCCUAUUAAGCAUUUCUGUCGGCUUUAAUUAGAAUUAAAAUAGCGCUCGAAUUACGGAGAAAUUGCAGAAUAAAUGUAAAAUUGAUAUCGUUUUUGUAGACAGUUUGGUAAUGUUUAAUGACAGAAUUCUGUUUGAAAUGGGAAGGUGUGGAAAAUUAAGUUUUAUUACGAUAAUUGCUAUCACAUUGUUCAAAUUGAAGUAUAACAAGAUAAAGAUGAUAUAAACAUAUGGAUACAAAGCAUACAUCUAUUCUGUACCAAAACUGGCAGUGGACAACAUAAAUUCUUAAUCUUUAAAAAUUGCUCUUAUUUCCUCUUUCUAAGCAAGGAUUACAACAAAAAAUAUUUUUUAGGUAGCUGAAUCACAAAUAGAUCAUCAUCAGAAGACAUCUGAUGAUAACCUAUAGAAUUUAGGUUGAAAACAUUUGUGAUGAUAAAUAUUUCUCAGCAAGCAUAAGUGCUUUUGAUUUGUAUCACAAAUGGAAAUGAUUGAGAAGCCAUUUGCAUUUGUACCACCGCGUAAAAGGGGAAGUAGAUCAUCUUUAAAAUCAAGUAAUGAUAAUAUCUUCAUUUCUAUUGAAACUCCUGUUCCAUCACCAAAUCCACAAAAUGCAAAAAUAGAUCAUAAAGUAAGUAGAAGAUUGCACCAUUCAAAUGACAAUCUAUCAGAACAUAAUUAUACAUCACAUUCUGUUCCACACCAUACAAGAAAACAUCCUUCACCACAUGGUAACAAACCUUUUCAGAAGGUAUCCCCUAUACAUGACCAGGUAUCCCCUAUACAUGAAGAGAAAGCACAACAAAAUAUUGGUUCUAGUGAUGAUAGCAUACAUAUCAGUGAAGGAGGACAAGGUGAUGAUCUUACAACAGAAAGGUCUGCAUUGAAUAAGAGACCUUACGGUUCACGGCCAAAUGGACUUAGUUACGUAACAAUGACUGGCACUAUAAAAAGAGGAAAGAAGAAAGGCCAAACAAUGGACAUGAAAGUUCACAUUUCAAAGGAAGAAUUAGAUGAAUUAGAACAUAGUAUAAUAUCUCAUCAGAAAGAAGAAGAGACAGAUUGUUUUUUUGGCCUUCAAAAAGGACCUCAUAUCACUGUUUUUUCUCUUAUUUUAGUUCCAGCCAUUUUUGUUCUCUCAGGUUGUUAUUCAUUUUAUGUUGGUACCAUGACGUGGUAUAACAUGUUGGUGUAUUUUAGUGAAAAAAGAACACUAGCACACAAAAUAUUUCUCAGUCCAUUGCUUAUUAUCUUCUAUCCUUUUCUUAUUAUAAUAUCUACUUUAGGUUUAGGAGUUUAUGCAGCUUUUGUGCAAAUAUCUUGGCAUUUUGAUAAAUGGAGAAGGGAAGUGCAAGAUUGGGAAAAAGGAUUCUAUGGUUGGAUUUGUUGCAUACUUUGUUUAGAAGAUUGCUCUCCUUAUGAAGUUGUUAUUCUAACAGAAAUCCAACCUGGAACUGAUGGCGAGAAACCUAAAGUAGCUGACACAGCAUUAUGAAACAUUCUACUUUAAAUUCUUCUAGCAUUAUUUUGAAACUAAGUUUUAAGCAUUAUUUUGAAACAUUAGGUGUAACUAAGUGAUUUUUUAAAAUCAAUAUUGUAAUGUCUUCAUUAAAAUUUCAGAAUUAUAAAAUUUUACUUAAAAAAAAUUGGUCCAGACACUGUACAAAAUGUGAUCUGUCAUUCCCAAGAAUGCACAUAAUGGAUUUCUCUCAACUUUAUAAAACCAGUCAGUUAUCAAAUAAUUUAAAUGCAAAAGUAAUUAAAUAUAAAAUUUUAUCAAGUGGAAGUUAUUAGGAUGUUACAAUGACAGAUUACCCAUUACUGAUUUUGUGAUUACCAAAAACCUCUUUACUAUAAAUAUAUUUUGAAAACAUUCCUAUUUUUUAAUACCACUAUUAAAAUUUUUAAUAAGCUAUUCAUUUUUUAUAC